AUGGUCGGCGCAACAAUGGGUGCGGAGGGUCUGAGCGCCCAGCCGCGCACCUCCGAGAUUUUUGUAACAACGCGGACAGGUCCAUGGGGACGGUGCAUGGGCAGUGACUGUGGCCCAGGUGGCAGCCAAAGCCGGGCAGUCUGGUGUGCCCAUGUGGACGGCUGGACGACACUUCACACCAACUGUGACCAGGGCCAGCGUCCCUCCAACCAGAGGAACUGUUUCCGUGUGUGCGACUGGCACAAGGACCUUUAUGACUGGAAACUGGGUGCUUGGAACGAGUGUAUGCCAGUUUCAGGAAGGACCUUUGGUGCCCUACGGCCUUUCACAUGCAGCGGAGGCGAAGAGGGCAUUCAGACCCGGGAGGUGGGCUGCGUGCUCAACUCAGAUGGGUCUCCAGCAGAGGAUGCCAUCUGCGAGUACUUUGAGCCCAAGCCUCGCCUGGAGCAGGCAUGUUUGAUCCCGUGCCCUCAGGAUUGUGUGGUGUCCGAGUAUUCACCAUGGACCUCCUGCUCAAAAACGUGCGGAACAGGCCUCAGGAACAGGGUCCGGAGCGUCCUUGUUCCUCCACUAUUCGGAGGUUUAGUUUGUCCAAACCUCACUGAGUUCCAGUCUUGUAAACUGGGGCCUUGUACAGGUCCGGAGGGCAUGUACAGUCUCAGGGUUGGACCGUGGGACCCUUGUGCUCUCCCACAGACUCGGACAGAACGCCAAGUUAAGCGCAGGAGAGGCAAAGGCCAGGGGCUCAGGGAGAGAACGGGAGUCAAAGACCCAGAAACCAGAGAGCUUAUCCAGAAGAAACGGACCAGGAAUCGCCUCAACCGGCAGGAGAGUCCCUUCUGGGACAUCCAGGUGGGAUACCAGACCAGGGAGGUGAUCUGCAUACACAGGAACGGGAGCGCUGUGGUUCGCAACCUGUGCACACCGAGGGACCUGCCGCUGACCAUCCAGUCCUGCGUCCUCCCCAAAGACUGCCAGUUUACCGACUGGACCGAUUGGGGCCCCUGCUCCAAAACAUGUGCGGACCUCAGGUCUCCCAGAGGAAAUCGCAGCAGGAUCCGACAGGUGCUCCAGUUCCCCGUGGGCGAGGGGGCGGAGUGCCCGCCGCUGGAGGAGUCGGAGUGGUGCGAACCUCAGGGUGAUGGAGUGCCGCCCUGCUCCAGUUACACCUGGAGAACCACAGAGUGGAGCGACUGCCGGGUCGACCCUUUGUUAAGCCAACAGGACCGUCGUCGUGGCAACCUGACGGGGCUCUGUGGAGGAGGCCUGCAGACCAGGGAAGUGUACUGCGUCCAGGCCAACGCCGAGCUUCUCAAAUACCUCAAAGACCUCAGAGAAAAAGAUAAAAAUGCGUCCCGCCCAGUGGAGAACAAACUGUGCGAGGGUCCCAUCCCCAACAGGUCUCAGCUGUGCCAAAUACCCUGUCCCAUCGACUGUGUGGUGUCACCGUGGGGGGCAUGGGGACCCUGCACCUUCGAGAACUGUGAUGACCAGGCCGCAAAGAAAGGUUUCAAACUGAGAAGACGACGAAUCACCAACGAGCCAACAGGAGGGCCCGAGAACUGCCCCCACCUGGUGGAGGCGGUGCCGUGCGAUGAGCCCAGUUGUCACGAUUGGCAGCUGGUCGGUUUGGAUCAGUGUAUCCCAGACGAGGAGAAGCCGUGCGGCCCCGGGUCUCAGCUCGCACAGGUCAUGUGUGUCAACAGUAACGGAGAAGAAGUGGACAGAGGUCUCUGCUCGUCCACUCCGGUUCCAGAGCCCGUGCCGUGCAAGGUGCCUUGCUCCAGGGACUGUGUGCUCAGCGAUUGGACGCCCUGGUCCACCUGCUCACAGACGUGCUCGAGUAAAACCAUCGAGGGGAAGCAGCUGAGGACGCGCUCCAUUCUCGCCUACAACGCCGGGGAAGGUGGCGCCGUGUGCCCGAACAGCAGCGUUCUCCAGGAGGUACGGAACUGUAACGAGCACGCCUGCACGGUCUAUCACUGGCAGACGGGGCCUUGGGGACCGUGCUCCGACGACCCCUCCGCCUCCUCCCUCAACAUCUCCACUGUCGUCCGCAACCGCCAGGGUCCCUGCUCCACGGGGAUGCAGACCCGCAAGGUCAUCUGCGUGCGCGUCAACGUGGGACAGGUGCCACCCAAGAAGUGUCCAGACGGCCCUCGCCCCAGCACCGUGCGACCAUGCCAGCUGCCCUGCAAGAAGGACUGUAUCAUGACCCCUUUUAGCGACUGGACGCCGUGCCCUGUCACCUGUGACGCAGCCGGCAACGCGAUGAAGACGAAGCAGUCGAGGAAACGCCUCGUCAUCCAGCAGCCGUCCAACGGAGGACAGGAGUGUCCAGAGGUGCUGGAGGAGGAGCAGGACUGUGAGCUCCCCAAAGUCUGUCCUGGAUUCAGGUGGAAAACCCACAAGUGGAGGAAGUGCCAGCUGGUCCCGUGGUUUCUCCGACAGAACCACGUGGGUGCUCAGGAGACCUGUGGACCGGGACUUCAAACCAGAGCUGUGUCCUGUCGCCAGCUGGAUGGGACGCAGGCCGACAUCGGCGAGUGCCUGAAAUUCGCCAAGGCCAUGCCCGCCAUCACUCAGCGCUGUCAGCUCCCCUGCCAGGAUGACUGCCAGCUGACCAACUGGUCCAAGUUCUCGUCCUGCACAGCUGACUGUGUGGGGGUCCGCACCAGAAAGAGAGCAUUGAUAGGGAGGAGCAAGAAGAAAGACAAGUGCAAGAACACCCAAAUGUACCCUCUGAGUGAGACCCAGUACUGCCCCUGUGACAAGUACAACGCCCAGCCGGUGGGGAACUGGUCAGACUGCAUCCUGCCCGAGGCGGACAGAGCGGAGAGCACCCUCGGGCUGAAGGUCCAGGGAGACAUCAAGGAGUGUGGACAGGGCUACCGCUACCAGGCCAUGGUGUGCUACGACCAGGACAACAGGCUGGUGGAGACGCUACGCUGCAACAGUCACGGUUAUAUCGAGGAGGCGUGCAUCAUCCCCUGUCCCUCAGACUGUAAACUCAGUGAAUGGUCAAACUGGUCACGUUGCAGCAAGUCGUGCGGCAGCGGAGUCAAAGUUCGCUCCAAAUGGCUCCGAGAGAAACCUUACAACGGGGGCCGGCCGUGUCCCAAACUGGACCACAUCAACCAGGCCCAGGUGUACGAGGUGGUGCCGUGUCAGAGCGACUGUAAUCAGUAUGUGUGGGUGGCCGAGCCGUGGAGCGUGUGGAAAGUCAGCAACGUCGACUUAAAGGAGAACUGUGGAGAAGGUGUCCAGACCAGGAAAGUCAGGUGCAUGCUAAACACGAUAGAUGGGCCGUCAGAGCCAGUGGAGGACUACCUCUGUGACCCCGAGGAGAUGCCGCUCGGGGCCAGGGAGAGCCGGCUGCCCUGCCCUGAGGACUGCGUCCUGAACGACUGGGGCCCCUGGAGCCGCUGCAGCCUGCCUUGUACGAGGAUCAACAGUCGAGUACGAGAGGCCUACACCCUCCGGUCGCCCACUGUGGGGAGGCAGUGUCCGGACACGAGCGACAAGGAGCCCUGCAGCCUGAACCUCAACUGCUUCAACUACUUCUACAACAUCACAGACUGGAGCACAUGUCAGCUGAGUCCUAAUGCCGUGUGUGGGGGCGGCAUCAAGACCCGGAUGCUGGACUGUGUUCGCAGCGACGGCAAAUCAGUGGACAUCAAAUUCUGCGAGGAGUUGAAAUUGGAGAAGAAGUGGCAGAUGAACGUCUCCUGUGUGGUCGAGUGUCCCGUCAACUGUCAGCUGUCGGGUUGGUCGGUCUGGUCCGAGUGUUCGCAGACAUGCGGAUUAGAAGGUAAGAUGUGGCGGCAGCGGGCGGUGGUUCAGGCCUCUCAGGGCGACGGUCGGCCCUGCCCCUCUCAGAUGGAGCAGUGGAAGCCCUGCCCGGUGCGCCCCUGCUACCGCUGGCAGUACAGCCCCUGGUCCGAGUGUCGGGUGGAGAGUGUGGUGUGCGGGCACGGCAUGCGCUACAGGAACCUGUCCUGCUUCGUGUCCGACGGCUCCCGUGAAGGCGACGGUUUGGUGGACGAGGAGCUGUGCAGCAGCCUGGAGCUCGCCGUCGACGGAGACAAGCAGAUCACACUGAAAGAGGCCUGCACGCUUCCCUGCCCAGGUGAAUGCUACCUGAUGGAGUGGUCGGACUGGAGCUUGUGUGUGAGUAUCUGUGUGAAGGGGGCCGGCGUGGACUUUGGUUCGGUUCAGGUUCGCUCUCGAGCCGUUUUGGCCCAGGAGCCUGAAAACCUGCAGCUCUGUCCAGACCAGUCCUGGGAGUCUCAGCCCUGCACAGGGGGCGAAUGUUACGAGUACAAAUGGUUCAGCAGUGGAAACGCCAGCCGGCCUUUAAUCUGGUGUCAGCGCUCGGAUGGACUCAAUGUCACCGGAGGUUGUCCUCCCAUGAACCCUGCGGUAGACAACAGCUCCUGUGACCCUCCAUGUCUCAUGCCGAAGUCUUUCUGCAGCGAGGCCAACAUCUGCACAUGCGAGGAGGGAUUCACAGAGGUGCUGUCGCUCAUUGGUCAGCUGGACCAGUGUGCCCCCAUCCCCAUCCUGGAGAUCCCCACAGCGGGCGACAAAAGAGGGGACGUGAAAACCAGUCGUGCAAUUAACCCCACCCUGCCCAGCACCAUCCUGCCCGGACGCACCGGCCGGACCUGGUACCUGCAGCCCUACGGACCAGAUGGGAAGCUGAAGAUGUGGGUGUACGGUGUAGCAGCUGGAGCCUUUGUGCUCCUCAUAUUCAUAGUGUCUAUGAUAUACCUAGCUUGCAAAAAGCCAAAGAGACCUCAGAGACAGAGGCAGCAGAACAACCGACUAAAGCCUCUGACUCUUGCCUACGACGGGGACACGGACAUGUAGUCCUCCGAGAGAUGCCUCACCGAGCACUUCACCUGUCAUAGAGACCCACUUCAUCACAGCCAUUGCAGUGAGGGACAUGGAUGUUUGCAGCGUGAAUGGACACGUCACAGAGCGGAGAAAUUACAGAAAAUCCUCUUAGCAGAGACACUGCUGGGGUUUAACCACUUCAAGUCGAGCUCCAUUCACUCCCCGGUUUGUUUUUUUAAGCGUUUUUUCUUUGCUAGAGCCGUCAUGACCUCCACCGUGUUCAAUGAAAUGCCUUUUUUUGGCCCUCCGUCACAUCUCUGUGAAGUAAAGACUCAUUUCAGAAGCAGAAAAGGCUCUCCUGCUGUCUCGGAAAACAUGGCAGCACAAGCUCCAACUCUUCCCCCGCGCUUUUCUGCUUGUCCCUAAAAAUGCUGAGUAGCUGGAGGCUUAGGAUGCUCUGACGGUUCGUACGUUGCCAAAAGUCACCGCAGGGAAGAGGAGGAGGAGGAGGGAGAGGAAAAUCUCCAUAAAAAGGUUUGGAUUCCUUUUUUCUCAAUCCUCAACUGGGGUUUUGACUCAAAUCUCUUUUACAGUCUUGAACAAAAGGGACCCAUUUCUUCUUCUUUCUUUUUUUUUUUUUUUGCUUGAUUUUGAGGCGCACAGGCCUGUGUUUGUGGGAUAAACUGAUCUGUACGAUGCUGAUGGAGAAGUAGCCUGCAAUCAGUUGUUCAUGGAGACUACUGCCUGCCUGCCUGCCUCCACCUUUUUCUGCAUUUCAGGCUCUACAUUGCACUAUAUUAGUGCAGCAUGAUAUGCACAUGUGACUUCUACCUUCUAUUGCCAUAAAAAAACACUGCCUCUUCCACAGACAGACACUGACAUAAAGCAGAGGAUCGUCUGCGUAAAGGUCCACCCGAGAACAUUCAAAAAGGGCAACAAGUGUGAAUCUCCAGUAAAUAUAUGUAUAGAUUUGAUUUCUCACAGCUGAUUUCUUUUGGGUUGUAGUAAAGUACAUUUUGUGAUUUGUAGAUCUCGUCCGGUGUUUAUCACUUUAUUUUUGCCCCAAUGUAGUUAAAGAUGCAGCCGUGAAAUCAGCAGAUGACUUCUUGUGAUGAAUUCACUGCUUCAAAGUCAUUUUAACCCCUUAACUCAAAUAUCCAAAAUUAAUAAGUAAUUUAGUGUUGUAGUCAAGACCACACUACUCGAGACCAAGACACACCCAAGACCAGAGUGCUCGGAGACUGAGACAAAGACCAAGACAUUUAGGGAUGGAGACCAAGUCAAGACCUAGACCAUGGCGGGGCAAGAUCGAGUCAGGACCAAGACCAAGGUAGGGCAAGACCGGGUCAAUACAAAGACCAAGGCAGGCGAGAUGGAGUCGAGACCUAGACCAAGGCAGGGCGAGACCGAGAAAAGACCAAGACCAAGACAUGGUGAGACUGAGACAAGACCAAGGCAGGGU